AUGUUUCCAUUUCUACUUUUUUCCACCCUGUUUCCUUUCAUAUUUACUGAACUCGGAGAGCAACAUUGGAUCUGCAACUCCUCUGAUUUAAGUGUUUGGUACACCUACUGUGAUAACAUGAAAUACCCUAUUUCAUUGAAUCUUAUACCCUGUAUCACAUUGAAGGGAAGCAGAGGACAUUUGCAGAUAUCCUACAUUCCAAGGAGAGACAUAAAAAAAUUGUAUUUCAAUCUCUAUGUAUCUACCAAGUCCCUGGAUUUUCCAAAGCGCAAAGAAGUUGUUUGUCGAGGAUCUGAUGAUGAUUAUUCUUUUUGCAGAGCUCUAAAGGGAGAGACUGUGAAUACAACAGUAUCAUUCUCCUUCAAGGAAAUAAAAUUUUCUAAGGGACGAUACAAAAUUAUUGCAGAAGCUAUUGCCGGAAGUACUGAAGAAAUGAUCUUUUGCCUGAAUGCAACUGUCAUACACUAA